ACGCCGUGUAGUUCGUGUGUAAACAAGAGGUUUGGAAAACAAUCUAGAAACUGAUGCUGUGUUUCUUCGAGGUUUAGCAAAUAGAUUUUUGAUGUUUAUUAUAUACCCGUUUCUGGUAACAUUUACGAGUACAUUGUUGACAGCUGAUUGGAUACAAUAAUCUCUAAGACUAUGAGCUAGUUUGCUAGUUAGCAUUAGCUGCAAAAUAUAUAUUUUUUGUAAUUAUUUUUGCAUUGAUAACACCGAAGGCUGCGGUUGAAUUAUCAAGGGCGGAGUCCAUGAAAUUUCUGAGGCCCUGCAAGGCACCACCAUGGACACUGUAAAGACACGAGAGAAAGAGUUUGAGGACGAAACACUACAGACUGCCUUCAAAAAGCUGCGUGUUGAUGCUGAAAGUUCUGUGGCUGCAGCACAUGUGAGUGAGUCUCUGGCAUCGAGAGCCGGAACCCGAGUCAGCACAGAGGGAACAAAACCCAAAAUUAUUUCUCCUAAAGACAACUGGCAUGGAUGCAGCCGAAAGUCCUCCAGGGGCUUAUCGAGAACCCAGAGACGGAGACGGUCCAAGUCUCCCAUCCUGCACCCACCCAUAUUUACCUACUGUAGGUCUACAAUGCAGUUGAAACACAAGAGUCCCACAGAGCUGGAGGACACCAGCACCUCCCUUCUUGUUCCAGCGAAGAAAGAGCUUUUGUCCUCUGGUGCCCAUUCGCCUACCUUUGGCUCCACAGGUUAUGACUCCAGUAUUACUUUGGAUAGCAAGAUUUCCCCUCUGAACAAAGUGCCACCCUUAGGCAAUGAGAGUAGCUCAGAGGGAAAGGACAAAAGGACCAACACUUGUUUAAAGGAUGCUAAACCUACAGCAGCUGACUUUAAAUCCCUGUGCCAGCUCCAAGAGCAUACCACCAACUGGGAAGGUAUGGAGGUCUACUCAUUCACUGGCCUGCGUGAUGUCAUUUCAGAGUGUGAAAGGAAGCUGCCCAGAUCAUCAGCAUCAAGCUCAACACGCUCCUGCUCCGAACAGGCGCGCGUUUAUGUGGAUGACAUUACUAUAGAAGAUCUGUCUGGCUACAUGGAGUAUUACCUGUACAUACCUAAAAAUAUGUCACACAUGGCUGAAAUGAUGUACACUUAACCCUCCUGUUAUGUUGUCGUGUUAGAAUAAAAAAUGAUAACUGAAUAAAAAGUUACAAGUAUCUUUUUUGGUAU